AUGGCGCUGGUUGCAUCCGGAGGAGAUGCAGGCGGUGCGAACGUUAAGGAUACUACAGAGAAAGACAAUCCGGAAGCCAGUGAAAAGAAAGCGAAGCGUUUAUCAACUGGAGCGAAAGGCGCACGGAAAGAAAAGCCUGUAGGAACGGGGGCGCAGCAAGAUGCUCAAAAGGCUGCAGGUGCUACAAAGGAUGCAGAAGUGUCUUGGAAAGAACGGAAAGCACAGGCGAAAGCAGAGAAGUUAGAAAAGCGUGCAAAGGAAAAACAAGGCCGCCAGGGUCAGUCUGUGACUGAUCUACGGCCAAAAUCCGGGUCACAGGCGUCUAUUCAGAACAAUCGCAGAAAUGUUGAUUCCGCUGCUCACCCAGAGAAAUCAAAUCAUCGCCGGAGAAGCUCAGCUGGAGCCCAUGCUCAAAAAGCGCUUUCGCUAAGGCCAGCGGCUUCUGAUGCCGUCUCAAAAGCCCAAGGUGAUAAGAAAGAGGACAAGAGAGUUGCAUUUCUGGAGCAUCUUUAUGGCCACCCAAGACGUCAUACCAUUGCAGGAGCCGCAAAGGACAUACACCCUUCGGUUCUAGCUCUUGGCUUGCAGAUCAGUCAUUACGAGAUAUGCGGCAGCAAUGCCCGGUGUGUCGCUACCUUGCUGGUCCUGAAAGACGUUAUUAUGGCGUACACUACGCCUAUUGGUACCUCCUUGCCCCGGCAUCUCACGACUCAUCUCGCCUCUCAAAUUGACUACUUAGUGUCCUGCAGACCGUUAUCAGUCUCUCAAGGCAACGCUAUCCGCUGGCUAAAAGUCAUUAUAUCCGCCGUAGAUGUCAGUGCUCCAGAAGAAGAAGCGAAAAGCAAACUCUGCGCAGCCAUCGAUAACUUCGUCCGUGAAAGAAUCAUAGUCGCUGACGAAGUCAUUGCUGCUACCGCAUCUGAACGAAUACAAUCCGGUGAUGUAAUCAUGACUUACGGCAAAAGUAGCAUAGUCGAGAAGACGCUUGUUGAAGCUCACUUUCAGGGCAAAAAGUUGAAAGUAAUCGUAGUUGAUUCCCGCCCUUUGUUGGAGGGCAGGAACCUCUCUAGAUGUCUUAUUGGGCUAGGAAUUGAGGUGCAAUACUCCUUGUUGACAGGACUCAGUCAUGUCGUCUCGGAUGUCACUAAAAUCUUUCUUGGUGCUCACGCCAUGAUGCCUAACGGUCGAUUGUAUUCACGAGCAGGGACUGCUAUGGUGGCCAUGGCUGGAAAAGACGCUGGCAAACCAGUCAUAGUGUGUUGCGAAACCGUCAAGCUGACGGAGAGAGUCGCCCUCGAUAGUCUCGUAUACAAUGAGAUUGCGCCUGAAGAUGAGUUGGUGAUGCGCCAAGCCGCAGACGAUGAAGCCCCUUCAUUAGAGAACUGGAGGGAUGUGCCAAAUUUGCAGCUUUUGAACCUUAUGUACGAUCUCACUCCGGCAGAGUUCAUCGACAUGGUGAUCACAGAAUAUGGGAGCACCCCCCUAGCUCGAUGA